AUUCGGCCAGUGGCGCUCGCGACGUGAUGGCGUGUCUAACAUUAUUACGGACUAGUGGUUUAUUUUUAUUGUUAUUCUUAAUAACAAACGCCUAUGCAGUGUUCCAACCUUGGAUAUUCGCAGUGAGUGUGAACAAAAGCAGGUGUGCCGAUGAAAAAUGUGUUCUAAAUUUGAAUUUGGAAGUUUCGAACGUGGAAUCGUGGUCGUUAACCCGAGAGCCGGCGGUUCGCGGUGCGCUCUGCAAUCCUACCAUCACCAAGGAUGUUCUAGACACUGAAUUAAUUGUUCAGAAGAAUGAUAGAAUGUUUUUCUGCGCCAAAGUAGGCGAGCAGUGGCUUCACCAAGGAGUCGAUUUAUAUUUGGACGGUGACGUCAUAGGAAUCAGCAAACAGCUGGAAAACCUGGAACUCCUCGAUGACGUCGCCGACGUCGAAAACAACGUGAGUGACGUCGACGGUCUGCGGAAUGACGUCGACGUCAACAGGAACCGUGACGCAGUGAGUGACGUCGUGGUUGAGACGUGGGCGUAUCUGCCGAACAAGCUGGUGGUUAGUGCGGUAUCAGAACCCAGUACUGAAUUGAACUCGGAAUGGGGCGAAUUCCAAAACACAGAAGAAUACCUCUCAAGACCAAAACGUGACGCAAACUCUUCAGACACCAGCCUCGGCCCUAAAAAUGCAACCACCGUUAUCAAUGAUAUCAAACUUAUAGGGUUUAGAAUUGAAGAGUCAGAGAAAGAACCAAAAAUAGUGGAUGAAAUGAUACCUAGUGUAUUAAGGAAUACUAAUUUUAACCUGAGGUUGUUCGGGGAGAAGUUUGUCAAAGGUAUGGAGAUCGCGUUCACUCAUACCAAGUCGGCGUAUGGAGACGAGUGUGUGCAUUUGUUAGAUGAGACGUAUAAGGUAGAAGUUAACUCAGAAGAAGACGCCUUCAUAUCUCUAGUCGCGCCCUACCCUGCCGACACACCUGAAGGCCACAAAUUCUACUUCUGCAUCAGAGACUCCCCAUCAGGCCGGUUCAAACACCAAGGCAAUGAUACCUGGAAGAUACUUGGCACCCAUCACAAACUUCUACCUCUUUGGGCUUCGAUAAUCUUGAUUAUAAUCUUACUGUUAUUAGCGUCGCUCUUUUCUGGAUUGAAUUUAGGUCUGAUGGCCUUAGAUAGAACAGAGUUGAAGAUCAUAGCUAACACAGGAACGGAGAAAGAAAGGAAAUAUGCAAGAGCGAUCAUGCCCGUCCGAGCUCAUGGAAACUAUCUCCUCUGUACGAUUUUACUGAGUAAUGUAGCUGUGAACAGUACGUUUACUGUUAUAUUGGAUGAUCUGACGUCUGGUUUGGUUGCUGUGAUAGGUUCUACGUUGGCUAUUGUGUUUAUAGCUGAGAUUACACCGCAGGCUGUGUGCGCUAGACAUGGAUUGUUUGUUGGUGCUAAGAGCAUUUGGAUUAUGAAGAUCGUGAUGGGUAUCUGUGCCCCGUUAGCUUGGCCGACGAGUAAACUCUUGGACUACUUCCUAGGCGAAGAGAUAGGAACACAUUAUAACAGGGAAAGGCUAAAGGAGCUGGUCAAGGUGACGAAUCACGUGAAUGACCUCGACAAGGAAGAGGUGAACAUUAUCUCAGGAGCCCUGGACCUGAGGAAGAAGAAGGUUCAAGAUGUGAUGACCAAGCUGGACGACUGCUUCAUGCUACCUAUCACCAGCGUGUUGGACUUUGAGACUAUGUCCGAAAUUGUCAAGUCAGGCUAUUCCCGUAUCCCAGUGUACGAAGGUUACCGCGGCAACAUCGUGACCGUCCUCUUCAUCAAGGACCUGGCCUUCGUGGACCCUGACGACAACACGCCGCUGCGCACCCUCGCGCAGUACUACCAGAACCCUUGCAACUUCGUCUUCGAGGAUGUCACCUUGGACGUCAUGCUGAAACAGUUCAAAGAAGGACACAAGGGCCACAUGGCGUUCGUCCAACGCAUAGACCGGUCUGGGGACGGAGACCCGGUCUACCAGACCGUAGGUCUCGUGACGCUGGAAGACGUCAUUGAAGAGAUGAUACAAGCCGAGAUAGUUGACGAGAGUGACGUUAUCACUGACAACCGCACCAAGAAGCGUCUAGCUCGCCCGUUGAAUCGCUUCCAAGAUUUAGCUGCUUUUGCCGGCCACCAACCGCACAGAGUCCAUGUGUCACCACAGUUGGUGCUUGCCACUUUCCAGUUCCUAUCCACUAGUGUGGAUCCCUUCCGUCCAGAGAUGAUCUCGGAGACGGUACUCCGAAGAUUGCUGAAGCAGGACGUUGUGAAGCAUAUCAAGUUACGAGGAGACGAGGACAGGAAUGACCCGAAGGCUUAUGUCUUCCAAGAGGGCAGACCGGUGGACUACUUCGUUUUGAUCCUGGAAGGCCGAGUGGAGGUGACAGUGGGUCGCGAAAACCUUGUGUUCGAAGCUGGACCGUUUACAUACUUCGGUAUCCAGGCGCUGACGCAGAACAUCGGAGUCGCUGAGCCCCAAUCUCCAUCGGCCCUGGGUUCCCUCCAGAAUCUGAACAUGGACAGCAUGCUGCGUCACACCUUCGUCCCUGACUACUCUGUCCGAGCCAUAGCUGACGUCUACUAUCUGACGAUUAAACGUUCGAUGUACCUGGCAGCGAAGCGCGCCACCCUGAUGGAAAAGGGUGCGCUCACGAAGGGCAACACCAACGAACAGAUCGAGCCAGAAGUUGACAAGUUACUUCGUGAUGAGGGUAGAAAUGAGUCUCUCCGGGAAACUGACGCACCACCUCAACCUCAGGAGACUUCCGCCGCCAGCCCUACGAUCAACUCAACCAAAAGGAAAACCCAGAGGAGGAGGCAUUACUAAAGAAAUAGACGUCGCGACCGACCUCAAUCUAACAAGCAGAAAUAUUAGCUCAGAUUCUAAUAGUUUUAUAACACACAAGACAAUUUAUUUAAACAUUUAUUUAACAAGCAAAAUUUGCCUAACAUCUCUGUCAUGUAUUGAAAUCAUUAUUUCUGCGUGGGAUACCUGAAAAAGUGUGAAAAUGUCAUUAAAUACAUACUUCUAAUUUCUAUAAAAAUAUUGAUGUAAAAUUAAGAUAAUCUAAGCUGAUUUCUGCUUUAGUCGAGCCAACCAUUUCAGUCACAAGUACAUACACUGAGCAACAAAAACAAAUAUUGCGUCUAUGAUUUUUUUUCUGCUGACGUAAUUGUUCGCCAGACUAUGGGUGUAAAAUUGAGGUCGUCGCUAGCUACUGCUUAUGACUGGCAACCAUUCAUUGCGUCAAAAAAAUACUAACACAGCUCUCACUCUGGGGUUCACAUACAUGAGUAACGGACUCUACACACUGCGCUGAUAAUUGCAUGCGAUUUUCAUUACAAUUACACGUUCCAGCCUGCUAAAAAAGAGUAGAAAAUAAUAGGGGCGCCACUGUCUUUGUAAACCGUUUUGCAUGUGGCAACUAUUGAGACUUUUGUAUGAGAAAAAUAAGUGUUUCUAUAAUAAAAAAAAUGUUCCAUUUCUACUCUUUUUUGCCAAGAUGUAUAGCACAAGUUAGCUGCCAAUUAAUUAUCUGAAAUCGCAUGCGAUUUGUUGCAAAGUCUGUAUAGGCCUUAGGGGCAAUCGACAAAUGUAGAACGUAGUCUAUAGUAUCGAUUUAAUAGCAUUUGAAAUUUAACAAAAUAGUUUUUAGGUUAGAAUUAUUAUAACUGUACUUACUUUUUUAAUAUGGCAACACUUUCGCUACACUUUUUUUGGUGCAAUUUUUAUUUAGAAAAAAAACUAACAUAUCCUAAAAAUUGCUGAGCCAAUGCAGUAUUUUCAUGGUCGAAUGAAUUUUGCUUGUUUUGAAUAUAUUUAUUGAAUAUUCAUGGAUGAACAUUAAUUAAAUUUUGAGUUUUGUAUCAUCAAUACGUUAUAUUUUAAUCGUUACUACUUGUGUAGUUAACUUAAUAUUUUGAAAUGUGAAUAGUACAAACGGAAAUUUUGUUUUUAAUUUUUAUAAUUAUGUUGAAGCUAUACAAAUUAAAUAAUCAUGAAAUAUCUGACAUUAAUUCCUAAGUUCUUUUAAUAUGUUCGCGUAUUUUAACUCCUUGUCGAAUAAAAAAAAAUUGGCAAAGCGUGAAACGCUAAUAUGCUUGAAAAUGUUUUAAAAUAUGAUAAAAAAAUCUUAUGAUACUGCCUUAAUUGUAAGUAAAGUAACAAUUUUACAUAUUGCUUGACAUAGAAUAGAUAUUUUAUAAAAUGUUACUUUUUGUUUGUAGGAACAUAUAUUUUUCGGAGAUUAUUUAGAAAUUCUGUAUUAAAUUAAUUAUGUUUUAAUAACUAACUUAUUAAUCUUUGAUUUUUCUAUCUCAUUAAUUUUUAUUUAAUUUUACAAUUGCCUAUUUAAAUUAAUACAAAAACGUGCCGUGCUUUGAGUUUUUAAUGAAUUAUCAUAAAAUAAUACGAAUAAUGAAUUGCAGAUAAAUUUGUGUUCCUAUAAACAAUAAUAAAAUACUAUAUAAUUAAAAUACGUAGAAGAAUCGUAAGUGGGUGCAUGUAUUUUUUAUUUAUUACAUUUUUACAUUCAACCAAUAUUUUAUAAGGGCUUUUAAGACAUUUAUAUGUAUACGUACCGUAAAUGAGAUAUAUACGUGUUAACAUGUCUUUUAAAAUAAAAUAUUGUUCCAUUUAAAGUUCCAACUGCCAUUAUAGUGCCUUGAAAUAUUGAAAAUGAAAUAUGAAGUGAAAUUACAUUUAUUGUAAGAUUUUUGAACGAAUGUAUUGUUAAAAUGUAUAAAGUACUUACGUUACUAAAGUAGAUUAAAGAAAAAAUAUGGAAAUUUAGGUUAUGGAGGUAAGUAACCAUGACAGUAAUUUUUUGUAAUUUACAAAAAAUUUGGAGUUGAGUUUUUUUUUAAUCUCUAUUUAACAUUAUACGUGAUCUAAAUUUCCAUAUUUUAUGAAUUGUACUGUAGAUGUGUGAUCCGCAAUUAAAAUGAUCCUUAAAUAAGGUGCUGAAAUGUUCAAUAUGAAAAUAUAUCAGUUUUUGAAACUUGA